UUCAGACUGCCUCUCCCUUUUUUGUCCCGUCCCCUCUGUCGUUUCUUUCAUUCUUUCACUCAUUCUCGUGGAACUGUGUUUGUUUUUGGUUGUUUCGGCCGGUCCGUGAGCUGUUUUUCCAACAGUGGAAAUAAAACUGUUAAAUCUCCGAAAUCUUGUUCUACCGCUUGCUAUUUACCCAUCCGAAUCCAAAUUCCUCAUCUUUUUUUGCCCCUCUUCUUCAGCCAAGUUUAGUUAGUUCUACAAGUAUAAGCAGUUUCCUCCGUCGCUGCAAAACAGACUCUGACAUUUCUCGAUCUCGUUGUUUUCUUUUUAGCUUCGGGACGUAUUCAGAUUUCUCAGCUUGCUUCCUGAAAAAUGGCCAAGCGUGGAUAUAAGCUGCAGGAAUUUGUGGCUCAUUCGGCCAGUGUGAACUGCGUGAAUAUUGGGAAGAAGGGCUGCCGUCUUUUUAUCACCGGGGGGGAUGACCAUAAAGUUAAUCUUUGGACGAUCGGGAAACCCAAUUCUGUAAUGAGCCUGUGUGGUCAUACAACUCCUGUUGAAUCUGUAGCUUUUGAUUUGGCAGAAGUUUUGGUGCUUGCAGGAGGUUCUAAUGGCGUGAUAAAGCUCUGGGAUUUGGAGGAAGUAAAGAUGGUUCGAACUCUUACUGGACACAGAUCCAGCUGCACUGGUUUUGAAUUUCAUCCAUUUGGCGAGUUCUUUGCCUCUGGUUCCAGCGAUACUAACCUAAAGAUCUGGGAUAUUAGAAAGAAAGGAUGCAUCCACACAUAUAGGGGUCAUACUCAAGGCAUUAGUGCAAUAAAAUUCACACCUGAUGGUCGAUGGGUGGUUUCAGGUGGAUUGGAUAAUGUUGUAAAGGUUUGGGACCUAACGGCUGGAAAGCUCUUACAUGAUUUUAAGUUCCAUGAAGGACAUAUUCGAUCCAUAGAUUUCCAUCCCCUCGAGUUUCUCUUGGCCACUGGUUCAGCUGAUGGAACUGUGAAAUUCUGGGAUCUUGAAAGCUUUGAACUGAUUGGAUCUACCAGACCUGAGGCUAUGGGAGUACGCUCAAUUGCCUUUCAUCCUGAUGGGAGGACCAUGUUUUCAGGGGUGGAAGACAGUUUGAAGGUUUACUCAUGGGAGCCUGUAAUAUGUCAUGAUGCUGUUGAUAUGGGAUGGUCAACACUUGGUGACUUAUGCAUUCAUGAUGGAAAACUUCUAGCUUGCUCAUACCAUCAGAAUUCUGUUGGAGUUUGGGCAGCAGAUAUAUCGCUUAUUGAACCAUAUUCCACUAAUUCAAUACCUGAACAAAAUGACUCUACACAGAAAAUUAACCUUAAUUUCCACAGAAGCCAUUCUUCAGAGAAAGUAGGAAGUGGUAUCAGGUCAACUUCGGCUCUGCUGUGCUCUCCUGAUUAUGAGACACAAGGGAUAAAGAACAUAUAUAUGGAUUCUACUGGUGGAAAGCCUGUUGCCUACCCGAAAGUUGAGUCCUUCAAUUCUCCAAAAGUGGCACCCCCAUCAGAUUCAAAGGAAAUCUGCUGUCUGCCAACUCGGAAGCGAAGUCCUGCCAUAGGGUUAAAUGCAAGAUCUAUUGAAAAAGCACUUGAUAAGACAUUUGUUGUGCCUAGCAUUGUGCCUAGGGACAGUUUGGGUGGAAGAGAUGAGGCCAAUUCUGGAAAAGAAUCUAUUGCCUUUGCAAGGACAAAACGUGGUAUGUUGCUCAAACCAGCUCAUGUACGGAGGCCAUCAAAUGGAAAAUUGGAUGUUGAGAGGCUGACAGAAACUGUUGAAACUGGAUCUUUGAGCAAUGUGGCAAAAGAUCUAGAUGGUGAAAUGAAUUCAAAUUUCGAACCCAAACUUGUAUCAGAAGAUGGAUGUAAAGAAUACUGUGAAGAAAAACAGUCUAAUAUUGAAGGUGUUGAUGAGAAAUUAGAAAAAAUUGUGUCACCACAAAAACCCUCUACUAAGGAAAGCUGUGAUGAGUCCCUCAAUUGCAGCAAAGGGCCAGGUUCUGUUAAAAUUGUCAAUGGAGUUGCAGUUGUACGAGGAAGGACCCGGUCUCUUGUUGAGAGGUUUGAAAGAAGAGACAGCGUGAAUGGCAAUGAAGAUCAAGCAUCUACAGGGUCUUGUGUGAUACCUGAAACAGAUAUAACUCCCACCAUUCUGAAAGGAGAACCUCAAACGUCUAGAUGGAACUCGACUUCUGCAAGUGAUAGGGAUGCUACUGAAGGUCUCAUGGAAACCCAUGAAGUAUUCCUAAGUACCCUUCGCUCCCGCUUAACAAAAUUACAGGUGGUGCGGCAUUUCUGGGAGCGGAAUGAUAUCAAAGGUGCUAUUAGUGCACUGAGGAAGUUGCCAGAUCAUUCUGUGCAAGCAGAUGUGACCAGUGUUCUCAUGGAGAAAAUGGAGAUUCUCACCUUAGAUCUAUUUUCAUGCUUUCUUCCUGUACUUUUGGGCUUGCUCGAUAGCAAGGUAGAAAGGCAGGCAAAUAUGUCAUUGGAGAUGCUAUUGAAGCUUGUAGCUGCCUUUGGCUCAGUUAUAUGCUCAACCAUUUCGGCACCUCCUGCUGUUGGUGUUGAUCUUCAGGCAGAGCAAAGACUAGCAUCCUGUAAGCAGUGUUUUAUCCAGCUGCAAAAGAUUCGGAAAAUUCUCCCAGCACUUGCAAGGAAGGGUGGUCUGCUGGCAAAAUCUGCUCAGGAAUUGAGUCUACUUCUUCAAGAAUCAUAAUGGAUGUUGCCAUGCAAACAAAUUUCUGCUGGCAAGAAAGGGCUGGCUCAACUGAAACCCUUUGGAGGGGACUGCAUAUAGGAUGAUACCAUGGAUCUCACAUCUGAGUUAUAGAUUAUCACAUGAAGCAAUUUUAUUCUAAUCUCUUAGCCUUGUCUCAUCAUCCCUUGCCCUUUUUAGCAAAGAGCACUGCAACAUCUUACUUGUUGCCAUUUUAAGGGCUUGAAGACUUGGUAGUUGCCAUUCCAAUCUUGGUUAGUCUUCCGGCUGUGUGUAAUCCACAAAUUUUGAUUCCUUGAUGUGGAUAAUGCCAUUUCUACCUUUGGUUCGAUUGUAUGUAAUCAUGUGCCAAUUCCUAAUUCAUAUGUAUAAUGCAUUUAAAUGUAUUCACUGAAGUAUAUAAAUAUAAUUUUCUCUUGCACA